AGCGAUCGGCCCUGGGGAAGAGGGAGACAGGCGUUAGGGGCGGCCGCCCCGCUCGGGUGGAGAGGGGCCGGGGGAAAGCGCCUGCAGCGCGGGGCUCUGGUGCCGGAUGUCCUCAGCUCCAUAGCGGUAAUCACGGCGCUGUCAUGAUGUGAACAGCAGUGAGGCUCAUCACCGGACAGGGGCCAGACCCACGAGCAGGGGGGGCUCUCCCGCCUCCAGGGGCCGGGAAGCGGCACUAACACACUGGAGCUGGCGGCCCACGGCUUGCGCCGCCCCUCACCCACCUCUCACGGCAACCGGAGCGGCACGGCCCCGCCGCCGCUCAGGAGGUGCACGGUGCGCCCGGGGCGGGCGCUGCCCCGCCGCCAUGGCACUGCCGCGGAGGCCCCGCCGCCGGGCAUGGCGCAGCCGCGGGACUAGCCCCACCGCACCGAGCACUCGGCGACAGAAGAGACCCCCGCCUCCCAACCCAGCUAUAUAUACCGAUUGAGGCGCUGCUCCCAUUGGCUGCUUUUUCCUCUGUCGCCGCCACCGGUUGGCUCGGUUCUCUUCACUGCGCGCUGACGUCACACCGAGGCGGACGUGCGGCCGCCGGGGGAGCUCGCUGGGUAAUGGGAAAGGAGAAAGCGGCGGAGGGCGGGCGGCGGCAGCCAAUGGGCGGGCGGUGUCGGUGCCGUGCGGCGGCGGCGGCAGCCAAUGGGCGGGCGGUGUCGGUGCCGUGCGGCGGCGGCCAUGACGCGGAGCUGCUCGGCGCUGGGCUGCACUGCCCGGGACAACGGGCGGAGCCGGGAGCGCGGCAUCUCCUUCCACCAGUUCCCGGUGGACGCCGCGCAGCGCCGCGAGUGGAUCCGCGCCGUGAACCGCGUGGACCCGCAGAGCCGCCAGGCCUGGCGGCCCGGCCCCGGCGCCAUCCUCUGCUCGCGGCACUUCGCCGAAGCCGACUUCGAGCGCUACGGGCUGCGGCGGAAGCUGCGGCGGGGCGCCGUGCCCUCCCGCUUCCCACACACGGAGCCGCUGCGCGCCGGCCGGAGGAGCAAGGCCCCCGCCCGGGCGCUGAAGCAGCCUCUCCCCAGCCCCCCCGCCGGGGACCACAACUACAGCCUGACGGGGCGGCAGGCGGGGAGCUGGGGGGCGCGACCGCCGCUGAAAAGCCCGCAGCAGCAGCAGCUCCCUGCGGCCGGGAGAUGCUCCCGCACCCGCCCGGCCAGAACGGUGCUGAACGUCCUGUGGGAGCUGGUGGAAAAGCAGCAUCUUUCUGAAGAAGCCGUGAGUUUGCUGCAGGCGCAGUUUCCAGAUUUGCCUUGUGAGUUGCACAGCUGGAGGCAGAUGGCUGAAUACUCGCCAGAAAUGAGGCAGUUUGCUUGUGUUCUCCACCUCUACCAUAUUAAGGCUUACAACUACCUGCGGAAGAUUCUUCCUCUCCCUCAUCCUUGCAGUCUGACAAACUGGCUGUCUGCUGAUGAGGCUGCUGCAGGCUUCAGCAACAACAGUUUUCUCUGCCUUCAGGAAAAGGUGGAGAGAGGGGAACAAGACUACUGCUACUGUGCGCUGAUGGUACAAGACAUGUCCCUGCAGAAACAGCGGGAGUGGGACCCGCAGACCCAGCACCUGACAGGCUUUGUUGACUUGGGCGCAGGCAUCCUCGAUGCUGACGAAGCUCCCCUGGCCUCUGAAGCGAUAAUCCUCAUGGCAGUUGGCAUCUCAAGUCCCUGGGCAGCUCCACUUGGCUACUUCUUUGUGAACAGCACGACUGGCUACUUGCUUGCUCAGCUGCUUCGCCAGGCCAUCAACAAACUGAACAACAUUGGCAUCAGGGUGCUGGCUGUGACAGCAGGCGCCACUGCUCGCGGUGCUGAGACCGCCAGAGCUCUAGGGAUCAGGAUGGAUGCUGAAAGGAUUCAGUGCACUUUCCAGCAUCCGCCCGGCUCCGCUCACAGCAUCACAUAUUUCUUUGAUGUUUGCCAUGCCCUCCAGCUGAUAAGGAAUGCUCUGCAGUGCUUCCAGGAGAUAGAGUGGCCCGGUGACACCGUGCGGUGGCAGCACGUGGUGGAGCUGGCAGCUUUGCAGGAGCAGAGGGUAUUGGAGCCGUGCAGUCCCAAGUCAGGCAGACCUGGGAGUAAGGGGAGUUACUACCUGAAGGUCAACCUUGCUACUCAGUUGUUCAGCGAGGGUGUUGCUGACGCGCUGGAACACCUCCAGCACCUGGGGCUGGCCUCAUUCCAGAACUGCAGCGGUACUGUCAAGUUUGUGCGGUUGAUGAGCCAUCUGUAUGAUGUAUUUCAUGGCAGAGGUCCCUAUAGAAUGGGACUGAAGGGGCCGUUGCUAGCUGGAAAUUAUACCAAAAUAACCCACCUCUUUAAUGAGGCCAAGAGCUUUUUUGUCACCUUAAUGGACUCUAUGGGGAGAUACAUUAUUAAGAGCAAAAGGAAACUAGGAUUUCUGAGUUUGUUGCUCAACGCGGAAAGCCUCAAGUGGCUUUACACCAACUAUGUGUGUCCAGAAGGCACUCCUUCCCACCACCUCCUGGCUUACGCCUUCAGCCUCGACCCCCUGGAGCUGUUUCUAAGGACCCUCCAGCAAGUGUGUGGCAGUGGCAGUCCCACAUGCACCGUGUUCCAGGCUGCUUAUCACAAACUGCUGGCUGGCUGCAACCUGGCACCAGGCUCACCACACAGCAGUAGCUCAGGCAGUACCAGCUCUUGGGACAUAGCUCAGUCUCGCAGGAGAGAUCUGACCCUUGGCAGCAUUUGUGCUCAGUAUAACCCAGCUCGUGGGAGAACACUGGCAACAGAGUACCCCUAUUGUGCAGGCCUUCUGGUGCACGAAGGCCUGCACGGCUCUGCACUGAGUAACGCACUGACAGACCUAUCCCUCCGUGUACAGAGCAUCACCUGCACUGCGGGCUUCAUUGCUGAGCAAUUAGCCUCUGACUUGCAAUGUGAGGCUUGUGUUGCUUCCCUCUUUGAGUCAGAUGAGAACAGGCUAAGAUGCAGGUCAGUGCUCUACAUAAAAAAGUUAGGUGGAGUGAGUCUGCCCUCGGCAAGUGUGUACCACAUAACAAGCAUUUCGGAACAAGUCCUAAACCAGUAUGGCAAAGUAGGAGACAGCAACAAAAACACCAAGCUAUGGCACUUGGCUCUAGAACAGAAAAUCUUCCAGGAGCUCCUGGGAGAAAGUCCCCUCUUCCCCACUCUCACAAACCAUUUAUUUGAUGGGGAGGUGUGUGUCAACAAUCACUACACAAUCUUAGUAAAGGAAAUAACGCAAUGUUAUUUAAACAUCAGAACAAACCAUGCCAAACACCUGGACUUGAAAUACCAUUGUGGAAGGCACAGAUUGAAGAGAGUGAGGGGAAAACAUUUGUUUCCCUCACCCCUGGGUAGCUGUCAGUCAGGGUCAUGAGUACUCAGUGCUGUUCCAAGGAUGGCUGUCCCUUACAGAGGCUCAGUGAUAGCCAGAUCUAGGCAGCACAAGCAAGGCAAUGAUGUGGUGUCUUCCCCUGAUUUGGCUUGCAAAACUAGUGUUGAUAAACAUGAUGUGUUGGGUCACUGUAAAGCACCUGAUCAGAGUGCGGCUGAGCAAGGCAAAGAAGCUCAUCUGAUCCUGUGUUCCAUCCAGCAAUCCUGCAAAGCAGAUACAUAGUUCAUGAGACUCGCGUGGCAGGUCAGGAUGAGCGAGGGUUGCUCAAGAUGCCUGGAGAAGUGGUAGGGGACACUGCAGCAUGUACCCUGGAGGUGCUGGAUGGCUUAGUGCUGUGAGUGCUCUUGCCAGGAGAAGACUGAUGCACGUGGCUAGGGAGGAUUGUGCAUGCUGGCAAUUUGAUUGCGCCAAAGCAGGUCUGCUUUAAAAAAGCUGGAGGCAAGAAAGCUUGCAGAGCUUUUACUUAAAAAGGAAAAUAAAGAUGUGAAAAGAAAAUGGCA